CCGAGGCUCUCCCGCGGGGCGGCAGGCCCGGGCUGCCGGGACAGGGGCGUCAGGCCUAGGAGCGGGGCAUGGGCGGCCGCCCCCCGUUCCCGUGGGUGUCUCGCAAACGCCCCCCGGAUUCUGAUGAGAAAAUUUACCAGACUUGAGUCCCAUCUGAUUUCUACCAGAGCCAAUGAGUGAUCUUUACUGCUGCAUGAACUAUCUGUACCUUUCUAAUAAAUCAGAUGAGAAAACUGAGAUUCAGAAAGGUUAAAUGAUUUGUUCAGGAUAACACAACAAUCUGCUUCAUCUUGAUUCAGCAGCAUUCCAAACUGUGGUAUCCUUGGGGUUCUCUUAACAUUGCUAUGGUGCAGAAGAUUUAAAAUCAGCUGAUGUUCACAAGGAAUAGAGUCACGUGAUGUAUGAAGGGAAACAUAUACACUUCUCUGAGGUUGACAAUAAGCCCUUGUGCUCAUAUAGCCCCAAACUCUGCAAGCAGCGGCGUCUCAACGGCUACGCUUUCUGUAUCAGACACGUUCUGGAGGACAAGACUGCCCCCUUCAAGCAAUGUGAAUAUGUGGCGAAGUAUAACAGCCAGCGCUGCACCAACCCCAUCCCCAAAUCAGAGGAUCGCAGGUACUGCAACAGCCAUCUGCAGGUACUUGGCUUUAUCCCGAAAAAAGAGAGGAAGAAAAAGAGUGACCCUAUAGAUGAGGUGAAGGUCAGGCACCCGGUGGACACCAUGGCCUUUAGCCUGACAGUGCCCACAUUGGCCUUGAAGAUGCCCAAUGGACUGGAUGGCAUGUCCCUCUCUCCACCUGGGGCAAGGGUUCCUCUCCACUACCUGGAAACAGAGCUGGAAGACCCCUUUGCUUUCAACGAGGAAGAUGACGACCUAAAGAAAGGGGCAACUGUCAGAAAGAAGUUGCAGAGCAAGCUGGCCCAGAAUCGGCAGCGCCAGAGAGAGACCGAGAUUUUGAAAGUUCGGCAAGAGCACUUUAGUCCCCCUCCUGCACCUUCCCGGCAGCCUCUCCAGCACUCCCGCCCGUCACCUUCCUCGACUUCUUUAAAACCUCCAGCGCCACUGCAGGGUUCAGUCUGCAAGUCACCUCAACCUCAGAACACCAGCCUACCACUGCAGGGAGUGGCCCCCACCACACACACUAUAGCACAAGCAAGGCAGUUGACUCACAAGAGGCCUCUGCCCCUCCUGCCAUCCAGUAGGGCUCCUGGCACUGAUCCACCCAGGACUGACCGGGUCCUCAUGAAAGCCACCACCUUCUCUCCACACUUCUCCUGUAUAAGUCAGCUGCAGAGGUUGGUGAAACUGUGCACUCAGAAACAUCAGUUGGACACUGAUCUGUUUCCCCAUUUAGGGUUGGACUGGUCUGAAGAAAGCGGAGAGGAGCAGGAGGACUCAGAGCAGGCCUCACCAUACCAGGUUGCAUGGUCCAUUCGAGAAACCCUGAGAUAUGAAAGACACAUGUCGGAUGAUGAUGAUGCGGACAGUAGGAGCUCCAGGGUGACCCAACUUUGCACUUACUUUCAGCAGAAAUACAAGCACCUCUGCCGCUUGGAGCGGGCAGAGUCUCGUCAGAAGAAAUGCCGGCAUACAUUUAGGAAAGCGUUGCUGCAGGCAGCCAGUAAGGAGCCUGAGUGUACUGGGCAGCUAAUACAUGAACUACGGAGAGCUGCAUGCAGUCGAACAAGCAUCAGGCGGACCAAGUUGAAGGAGAUGGAGUCAGCAGCAUGCAGUGGAAUGGUGAAGGGUGAACAGUGCACUAACAAAGUCCUUCCAUUCACUAGACAUUGUUUCCAACAUAUCCUCUUGAACCGCUCUCAGCAGCUCUUCUCCAGCUGCACUGCCAAGUUCGCAGAUGGGCAGCAGUGCUCUGUGCCAGUUUUUGACAUUACCCACCAGACACCUCUGUGUGAAGAACAUGCCAAAAAAAUGGAUAAUUUCUUGAGAGGAGAUAACUCCCGUAAAGUUCAGCACCAGCAGCAGAGGAAACCCAGGAAAAAAACCAAGCCUCCUGCACUUACCAAAAAACACAAGAAGAAGAGAAGGCGUGGACCUCGCCGACCCCAAAAACCCAUUCCCCCCGCUGUCCCCCAAGGGAACCUCAGCAUGCCCACCAGCGUCUCACUGCCAGUGGAGGCCUCACACAUCCGGAGCCCAUCCACGCCAGAGCUGAGUGCUGAUGAGUUGCCGGAUGACAUUGCCAAUGAGAUCACUGACAUUCCACACGACUUGGAAUUGAACCAGGAGGACUUUUCAGAUGUCCUGCCCCGGCUACCUGAUGACUUGCAAGAUUUUGAUUUUUUUGAAGGAAAGAAUGGAGACCUCCUCCCAACGACUGAAGAGGCCGAGGAGCUUGAACGGGCUUUGCAGGCUGUAACUUCUCUUGAGUGCCUGAGUACCAUUGGGGUACUUACCCAGUCAGAUGGUGUGCCAGUCCAGGAGUUGUCUGACCGAGGACUGGGAGUGUUCUCCACAGGUACUGGAGCUUCAGGAAUCCAGUCCUUGAGCCGAGAAGUGAACACAGACCUAGGGGAGCUAUUGAAUGGGCGAAUAGUACCUGAUAAUUUUUCUAGUCUAGAGCUGGAUGAGAACCUGCUCCGUUCUGCUACCUUGUCUAACCCACCUACACCCCUGGCAGGGCAGAUCCAGGGGCAGUUUUCUGCCCCUGCCAGUGUUGGCCUUACUUCUGCCACUCUGAUCAGCCAGAGUGCACUUGGGGAGAGAGCCUUCCCAGGACAGUUUCAUGGACUUCAUGACGGCAGCCAUGCCUCACAGAGGCCACAUCCUGCCCAGCUGCUGAGCAAGGCAGAUGACCUAAUCACCUCACGACAGCAAUACAGCAGUGAUCAUUCACACUCCUCGCCCCAUGGAAGCCAUUAUGACAGUGAGCACGUGCCGUCUCCCUACAGUGACCAUAUCACCUCUCCCCAUACAACAUCGUACUCUGGUGAUACUAUGGCAGCUACCUUUUCAGCAGAGAUGCCCAUCAUGGCACAGCACUUGCUCCCAACCCAACUCGAGGUGCCACUUGGAGGAGUGGUAAACCCCAGAACUCACUGGGGUAAUCUCCCUGUCAACCUUGGAGAUCCCUCUCCCUUUAGCAACCUUCUCGGCGCAGAUGGACAUCUUCUUUCCACUUCCCUCUCCACACCACCCACCACGUCGAACUCAGAGACCACACAGCCUGCCUUCGCCACCGUGACCCCUAGCAGCUCCAGUGUGCUUCCGGGGUUACCGCAGACCAGCUUCAGUGGCAUGGAGCCUUCCGCUGAACUCAUGGCCUCCACCUCUCCGAAGCAGCAACUCCCUCAGUUCAGCGCAGCCUUCGGCCACCAGCUGAGUUCUCACAGUGGCAUUCCUAAGGACCUGCAGCCCAGCCACAGCUCCAUAGCCCCUCCUACAGGCUUCACAGUAACAGGUGCCACGGCGACAAGUACCAAUAACGCAUCUCCUCCCUUCCCUUCUCCCAACUGAGUGCAUCUGUGCAGGCAGGAAGGUGGGGAGCCUGUUUUCUAUCUUCGUUUCCUCCUUUGCCCCUCCCCCCCCUUUUCCUAAAGAAGAUUUAAAAGAGACGGAUGGGGAUUAGAGGGGCUCCCCCUUCCAGCUCAACACGUGGCCGUGCAGUGGACCUCACUUCAGUGUUCACAUGUGCUCCUUAGCACUGGUGCUCAUUCCCUCCUGGCAGGUCCUCUCGGCCGGUGGUUUCCGUGGUGGUUCAGCACAGUGACUGGAUAGGAUGGAUUUUUUUGCAGCAAGUCCUAGAAGUGGAAGAUACCUCAGAUUACCAGUGCCCUUUACUAUUUCCUAGUGUGCAGAUCAGUGCUUUCCAUUCUGUAGCCAGGUUUUUACAUAGGUGGCUCUCCAGAGAAUGAUCCUGUUAACUGAGUUCCUGUGUAGGAGGUAGCGGGUGGUGGAGGCAGCUCAAGGCCUGACCUAGCAGCAACUGCCAAACACCACAGUGAGGCCAGGAUGCCAUUCCUAAUUUGUGAAAUGGUUAAGAAGAAAAAGAGACGUCAUUGACCGCCUGUGAGUGUGUGUGCACCCAUGUGUGUGUUUUGUGCAGUGCAGGAAGUAACUGUCCCCUUGCUUUGUUGUUUGUUUACCCCUGAAAUGAGCAUAAGGCUCUUUUCUUCCCUACAUCUCACACCACCUUCAUAAGGUUGGUCAUGCUUUCCCACUGAGUUCAUUCAAGUUUCCUAAUAGGGAGGGUCUGGUCAUGUGAAUAAAUAGCACAACCCUUUUCUGCUCAAAGGUAGUUGUGAAGAAAUGAGACAGGAGAAGCUGCAGUCAUGUCCCUGUCUGGGAAUGCCGUGGAAAGCUCACCUGCAGUGACUUCAGGGCUCUCGAGGUUUGGGGGGGUCUAGGGGUCAUUUUGCCUUUUCAGAUGUGCAUUCGUUUCUAUGUCCCUUGCUCAUGGAACACAUUUGCAAGGUGUAAUUGAAGAAACUAUUUUGAUGUGAAAAAGCAGGAUAGGUCAGAUAGGUUUGAAAGAUGAUAUCUGUGAACUCCUUGGUCCAUCUUUUGCGUUCGAAAUUCAUGUUUACAGUAGUGAUUCUUUGGUAAGCUUUGUAAAAUGUUGAAGACCCUUGUAGAUUCAGUGUGCCAGUUGUGGAGUGAUGUAUAAUAUCUGAAGGAUACACAUUUUAAAGUUUCUCUCAAAGCAGAAUGUGGAAAUUGACGUAAAUUUUACCUACCUUUAGUAUUUUUUUAAAGUUAGGCUUAAGUCAAUCUGGAAACGGUUUUGAAAAAAAAAAUUAUUUUAAAGAAUCAAGAUUUUAGGGUUAAAAAUCCUAUUGGGAGUUUAGUAAGCCGAUGGCUAUGAGAUAAUAUAUGUGAGGUUUCUUUCUGUCUGCCUUGCCCUCACAAGAAGGAUUGCGCUAGAUUUAAAAAGCAUCUCUGCUCUGCUUUUCCUGAGAAGUUCACUGUCGUGUAAGAUACCAUUCGCUGGCUAUUCAUACCUGAGUCUGUUCUAAUUUAAAUACAUGUUUUAAAAGAUGAGUAAAUGAUGUGCUAUAGUAACUCAUUUAUCAGGGAUGAUUUGCUCUCAAUUCCUUUCUAAUAGGUAAAGAUUUGAAUGCUUUCCCAUUUUCCUGUGUGUAUUCUUUAUGCUCAUGCUAGUUGUAACCAGUUUCUUCUUUUCAAAGGUUUUCUCCUCUGCUUUUUUAAGGAAUGAUGGUAAUCAGCAGGCACUAUGCAGAUACCUCGUGCCUAAGAUAUUGGAGGGAAUGUCACAUGACUGUAUGAAAUCAUAAUACUCCCUAUUUUGUAUUUAUUGAAGUUUUUUUGGGGGGAGGGCCAAAAAUACGUUUGUAAUAUAUUUACUUUUUUUUAAAUCAUGAUAAUUAAUUGGAAGAUUUAUUUUUAAUAGCUUUGCCUUUUGCAGAUUGAUAAAUUUCUAAAUUAUGUCACAAAGCAAAAUUAUAUUUGGUAUCACCAUAAAUUUCUAUUCUGAAUAGUAAAAACAGCUCAUUUGAAUAUUUCUCACCUGUGAACCUUUGUCAGUAAAAUGAUGAUGAAUAGUUGCCUCUGCUCUAGUGUCCUUUCCUCUGCUGAGCUGCAUUCCCAGUGAUUUUGUUUUGUUUCCACUGUGUACUAAUUAAAGGUUGUAGCAGAGCAGCACAUGCACUUCCUAAUCAGCUCUUCUUUGACAGCGAAGGGAAGGUCAUGGGUAGUUUAUUUGAACUUUUUCUGGGUAUUUGUCUCUCAUGUUAGCUGUUUAAAAUUCCUUAGAUGUCAAAACUGAGUUUGCAGUAAGUUGCACAUUUUAUUGUUUGCAAUUUUCUGUUUGAUGUGCAUUUAAAAGCCCUUCUCUGCUUUCUAGUAAGGAGGCACGAAGUGAUCAGGAAUGUUGCCAGUUACAGCUUCACACCAAAAAUGUUGAUUAAAUCCCUUUCGUUUAGAUGCCCAUGAUGACAGUUGAGCAAGGGGCCAUCUUAGGAAGUACCAGCCAGCCUAGGGUUGAGAAAUUCGCAGAAACACACUUUCCUCUUUUCAACUGCUUCAAGACAAGUAUCCAAACUUGCAGUGUGCUCUGCCCUUGCUGUUCCUGUGAGUCCUUGUUGGAAGAGAGAAGAAACAUUUUAUAAACCCAGAGAUAUCAUUAUGUUUUUCUUCCAGUUAUUGGGGGCAGUUCUGAUCUGUUAGUACUGGGUGGGCUAUUACCUGCAAAGAAAGGAACAAAGUGUAUUUUACUCCAAAAAUAUGAAAAUUAGUGUCCUUUAAAAUAGCACUUAUGUUAUUGUAAGGCAAUACUGGAAUCAAAAAAAAUCUUGUAUGAGGUCCUAAAACUAGUAAAAACUAGAUUUUAUUCUAGUGUUCAGUGCGUGAGAAACAGUUGCAGAGAAGGCUCAUUCUGUUUCUGCAGUUCUUUGGGACCAUAGAUAAAGGCCAGUUAGAUCGUGUUACUGUGAUUUAUUUUUCAAAGUUGCUGCAGUUAACGGAUGUUUUCUGUGCUCUUAGGAUCUGAUAUUUGUGGACUGUGAUCGAUAGCAUCCGAAGAAAAGAUGGGCUUUUUCUCCCUUAACUGUUAAUGCUACUUUAAUAAAAGUACUUAAGACAUUGUUUUGCCCUCUGUACAAAUGGUUUAGCAAUUUUCACUUCUGAGUAGGUUUAUCUAGCUAGUAAACAAUUCAGGACAGUAAAUAGCAAUUACACUUAACCCACCAAGUGACAGGCUAUGCAAUGGAAAUAUUUCUAAUUGUCAUUACAAAGCUUAUACCGCAAAAGAUGAUUUUCUAUAAUAAGACUAGAGAACACACCUGCUUUAUAAAUGACUUCCUGAGCAGUUCCAUGUUGGCAGACAUUAUAGUGUAUCUGGUGUUCCUCUCUUGAGAUUGUUAUUUUAUGAAAAGCAAAUAGCAGGUAGCAAGUUGGAAAGUGAUUUAUUUUCUUUAAAAGUGAUGUUACCAAUUUUAUGAUAAGACUUGAGUUUUGCCAAAUAACUGUAAGAUUUUCUUUUCUGUUUUGGUGGUACUGGGGUUUGAACUCAGGGCCUUGGCUUGCCAUCAGGUGCUCUACCACUUGAGCCAUGCCUCCAGCCCAAGAUUUAUAUAAGUCAGCCCAAUCUUUUACCUAGAAGUUAGGGAAAUCAUCAUUUUCUGUAACUUAUACAAAGGCUUUAACAGAGUUUGUCUUCAAUUCAUGAUUACAAUUUAUAGCGAAAAAGAUAGUUCUUUAGGAAGGACACCAGUCUGUGCUGCUCACAACUUUUUUCUUUUUUUAACACUUCUGUUGACCUGUAGCAGCAUGUACUUCCAUAAAUUUGGCACUAGAAUUCGAGCACAUGGAGGUGAAUCGCUUACUGUCAGUUCACUGGUCCUGUCUGCCCUCUCCUGUGUUCUAGCAUCUAGGGAAUGGUUGAUGGGCUUCGUUAGAAUGUCUGAAGGAGAGUGAUGCCUUUUCUCUAACUUCAAAAGGUUCAAAAAGUUGUUGUGGGGUGAUACUGCAAAACCAGAAGGAUAUUAAUGCUAUUUAAUAGAUUUGAGAUUCAUUAAAACAUUGUAGAUGUCAAGUUUCCAACUGCAUCCUUUUUUUUUUAGCCUAACUUUCUUUAAAUUAAGUUCUAUUCUUAAUUUGGUCUAUGUAGAAUAAUAGAAUCUUUUGCUGAAUGGCCAACAGAACCUUCCAGUUUAAUGAGACAGUUUAGACAAUUCCUUGAAAGAAAAUAGUCAUUGUGAAUAGUCUUAAUUUGAAUCUCUUUCAUCACAAAUACAUUGUUCUAAGGAUUUUUUUCCAAAUAUAUUUAAUAGAUUAUAUAUGUGUAUGCACAUAUUUUUAUUAAUUCACAAAUGACUAUAGAUGUUUUUCCCCCUCAAUAAAUUAAAAGUAAUGGGAUCUUCAUUGGCGUUCUGUAGAAAAGUAAAAUAAUUUGAUAAUAUCUUGAUCUUUUAAACUUUGCUCUAUCUUAAUUGGAGAGAACUAAAAUCAUGUUGAAUAGAUUAAAUAAACAUUUUAAAUUCUGUCUUCCAAAGCUUUGUAAUAGACUACCUGUGAAGAACACAUACAUAUUUAAACUUUUUUUCCCAGUACAGGAGAGAAAACAACACAUAUGAACAAUUAAAUCUCUAAUAACCAGUGUCAUUACUGCUAUAAUUGUGGGUCAUAGGGAUCCUUUCAUGUUUAUUUAGUUAGCUUUCCCCUCAGCACUGUGAUAUAGAGCUAAUAAAAGGAGCUGUGGCAUUUCAGAGAGGGAGCAAAUUUGAUAUAACUUUAUCUUCUGUUCUUGAAUAUCAGAAAUGUUUGGGUAAUUUGAGCAUAUAUCUAAGAAUCUUUGAGCAAUCUCAAGUUUAGGUAUUCUAAGAGAAAAACUCUAUCUGACUUAUAGUGAGCUCCUUCUGGCAGCACAGCUCUCCUUCCUCCCCCUACCUGCGUGCUCUGGUCCACCCAGUACUGCGGUAUGUGUGAGCACACACAUGAUCAGUACUGACUAUGGCUGAGGAUUAAUAGAAUCCCCUGCGUUCCCUUUUUGUUUGUUUGUUUGUUUGUUUAAAGCUGGGGACCACUGAAGUAAGCUCUAUAUGCACCCAAAGUUCCCCAUGGAAAACUUUCCAAUGUGCAGUGCAGAAGGCUCCAAUGCAGACAAAGGCCACACCAUUUCUUUUUCUUGGGGAACAGACCGAUUUCCCCCAGCAUGACUCCAACCGACCCAUUUGGUUAAGGUACAGUUGGUUCCAGUGGGUUAGAGUGAACAUGGUGGAAAGCUUGACACUUGAUGACAUUGUUUGCAUUCUUCUAAGCAGUGAUAGCUCUUCACUGUAUAGUAUUGAGUAUGUCUCAGGGAUUCCUUGCGGAAAUUAGGGCAGUUUUUAAAAUUAAAAAAAAAAUAGUUUUCAAAGAAACUAAAGGUGACUCAUCAUUGAAGAGAGCGUAAGAAGAGAAAACAUUUCGGUUUUGUAGCCUGCAGUGUCUCGCCUAGGACUUUUUUCCUUUCUACUUCAGGCUCUCAUCUCAGCUUCAGUGUGCAGAAUCCUUUCCAUCACGCACAGCUUUAAAACUUUUAUUUAAGAAUUUCCUUCCCCAAUGAGCUUUCAGAAUACUUAUUGUAGAUUUUAAGAGAAAAGGUAUAUUAAUUUAUGCUAUUAACAUCACCUCAUAAAUUAUAAGUUUUAUACUAAAGCUGUAUUGAGUGUAAUGAAUUAUGUUGCCUAUGUGUUUAAUAGCUAAAAAAAUUAUAUAUGAGCUUUUUGUUUGUUUUGCUUUUUUCUUUUAACAAAACAAACUAGUGAAGCACCUUUUUACACUGGAUCUCUGCCGUGUCAAGGUGCAUAGCUAUCCUUUGCUACCUUGCAGAUAUAUAAAAUAAAAGGAUAUCCUGGGGCCUCAAAAUGUAGAACACCUUUAGACCAUUUAUUAUUGUCCAUAGAACUGUUGAGAAUCAUGUUCUUUAGUAAAUGAUCUGUGGUUUACACUUAAGAUGGCUAGAAGCUUAGUUACAGGGUAAGUAGAAUUACAUAGAUCAAGUAAAACUCCAACUACUGUAGCUGGAAUUUGUAAACUAAGUUUUUAAGACCUCUUUUAUUUCCUAUGGAUUUAUUCUUUAAUUUACAGUUUAUUCUGUAAGUUGGGAAGUAAAAUAGAGAAAAUAAGAAGUCUAGAUGUUCUCAGUGUCUUAUUCAGGAACUUUUUUAUCCCUCCUCACUAAGGAAUUCCCACUGUGACUUAAAAAUAGAAUUAAAUUACUUGUGUGCAUGUAGAUGUCUGUGUUUUUUUAUACACAUGCAAAAAUAUACAUUGGGGGCACGUGUGUGAGAGAUAUGAAUGUGUGCUUGUGUAAAAGUAGAGGAAUGGGACCGAAUGUAUUGUAGAAAUAUGAUUUAUUUAGUUGAGGAUAUGAGAGUUUCUUUCUCAUAGUCUCUUGUAUAACUACACCAAAUUUUUCAUUAUGUUAUGUUAAAAGGCUAGUUCUGAUAUCAUGUGCAUUUUAUUUUAAUCUUUGGGUUAACUUAUUCUGUUUUUAAGGUGACAUGACAAAUAGCAGAUUCUAAGACCAGCCUCUCCAUUUUGAGCAUUAGAAUGGGAGAGGGAGAGACAGAACAAACAGAUCCGAACAGGAACAAUGUUUAUCCGUUUGGGUGAUGGGACCAGAGAUCUGUUGACCCUUUUUUAUGCUAAUAAUAAUUUUCUUCAUAUUCUAAAUAAUAAGUGCUAUUGAUCUGGGUAAAGGUAAGAAAAGUUAUAGGCCUUUUAU